AGUGUAGAAGUAGAAGCAGCAACUCAUUGCCGUCCCUUCCUCUCCUCUCCCAUUUAUAUCAUUCUCGUGACUAUCACCCUCCACUCCCUCUCUCUCUACACACUUUUAUCUAUCAGUGCCAUCGAUACACCAUCGCCAUCACCAUUUCAGAUCUCUUAAUCUCUCAAAGUUUCCUCCUUUCUUGAUUGUCAGCUUCAAAAGGAAAGAACCUUUUCUUGGUUCCCAUUUUUCGUGUGCAUUUCUUGAUUAAUAAAUUUCAGUUCCUUUUCACUUCUUGUCACUUCUUUGCCAUUUUCCCAUCUGGGUUUUGUUUCUGUCGCUGUUUUAGAUAGAUUGUAUUGUGGAUCUGCAUUGAUAGUUAUUAAGGAAAUAUAGCCGGGGAAACUACAUGGAGAAACUGGUUUAUUCGUGGAGCGGAUUAAUAGUCAUGUGACGUGGGGUUAUUUGUUUUUGAGAAAUGAAACUUGAUGUGCAUUCAUUAAUGGCUCAAAGUAUAAGAUCAAGAAGGACUUCUUUUAACUCCACUAAUGGAAAUGAAGAGACUCCUAUGCACCCUUCUGCUUCUUUCUCAAAUGGGGAUGGAUAUGAUAGCGAUGGCUCCAAUUUCGAUACGCCUACACCAGCAACCCUUUCCAUGGCUAUUCCGGCAGAACUUGCUGGUGCUAUACCAUUGAUUGAUAAAUUUCAGGUUGAGGGAUUCUUAAAAUUGAUGCAGAAACAGAUUCAAUCCACUGGGAAACGUGGGUUCUUUUCUAAAAAAUCUGUAGGUCCACAAGUUCGGGAAAAAUUCACAUUCGAGGAUAUGCUGUGUUUCCAAAAGGAUCCUAUACCAACUUCGGUGCUUAAAAUUAAUGGUGACCUAGUAAGCCGUGCCACUAAACUGUUCCAAAUAAUUUUGAAGUACAUGGGAGUUGAUUCAUCUGAUCGAGGAGCUCCAGCAAGCUUAGAUGAACAGAUUGAGCUAGUUGGAAAAUUGUUCAAGCACACACUGAAGCGUGCAGAACUUCGAGAUGAAAUUUUUGCUCAGAUUUCAAAGCAAACAAGGAACAACCCUGACAGGCAAUAUUUGAUUAAAGCAUGGGAGCUAAUGUACUUGUGUGCUUCUUCUAUGCCUCCUAGCAAGGAAAUUGGUGGAUAUUUAUCUGAGUAUGUCCAUAAUGUAGCAUAUGGUGCAAGUACUGAUUCUGAGGUCCAAAUCCUUGCAUUAAAUACACUAAAUGCUUUGAAGCGUUCUGUCAAAGCUGGUCCUAGACAUACAACACCAGGGCGUGAGGAAAUUGAAGCUCUUCUAACUGGUCGAAAGCUUACAACAAUAGUGUUUUUUUUGGACGAAACUUUUGAAGAAAUCACGUAUGACAUGGCAACGACAGUGUCCGAUGCUGUUGAGGAACUUUCUGGGUUAAUCAAGCUGUCAGCAUUUUCUAGCUUCAGUCUUUUUGAAUACUGUAAAGUUGUUUCUGGUUCGAAGUCAUCUGAUCCUGGGAAUGAGGAGUACAUUGGGUUAGAUGAUAACAAAUAUAUUGGAGAUUUGUUAGCGGAAUUCAAGGCAGCCAAGGAUCGAAGCAAGGGAGAAAUUUUGCACUGCAAGCUGAUAUUUAAGAAAAAGCUAUUUCGGGAGUCAGAUGAAGCUGUAACAGAUCCAAUGUUUGUGCAAUUAUCAUAUGUUCAGUUGCAACAUGACUAUAUAUUGGGCAAUUAUCCUGUUGGGAGGGAGGAUGCUGCGCAGUUGUCUGCAUUGCAAAUAUUAGUUGACAUUGGAUUUUUCGGUAGUCAAGAAUCAUCCAUUGAUUGGACCUCUCUCCUUGAGCGAUUUCUACCCAGACAAAUUGCAAUUACACGAGGAAAGAGGGAAUGGGAGUUGGAUAUUCUUUCUCGUUACCAUUCCAUGGAAAAUCUGACAAAGGAUGAUGCAAGACAGCAAUUUCUACGCAUAUUAAGGUCGCUUCCCUAUGGCAAUUCAGUUUUCUUCAGUGUUCGCAAGAUUGAUGAUCCUAUUGGACUUUUGCCUGGUCGGAUUAUUUUGGGCAUUAACAAGCGAGGGGUGCACUUCUUCCGUCCAGUUCCAAAGGAAUAUUUACAUUCAGCAGAAUUAAGAGACAUAAUGCAGUUUGGUAGUAGCAAUACUGCUGUUUUCUUCAAGAUGAGAGUUGCAGGUGUUCUGCACAUAUUCCAGUUUGAAACCAAGCAGGGAGAAGAAAUUUGUGUUGCUCUUCAAACACAUAUAAAUGAUGUCAUGAUGCGUCGUUAUUCUAAAGCUCGGACUGUUGCUAGCGGCUCGGUGAAUGGAGAUGUUCUUAACAAUUCUAACCCUACCAGUGUAGAAGUGCACGAAAAACGUUUAAACGAAUUGUCAAAAACUAUUGAAGAAUCUCAGAAGAAAUCUGAACAAUUAGUGGAAGAAUUGCAUGAGAAGCAAAAUCAAGAAGUGAAAUUGCAAGAGCAAUUGGAGGGCUUGAAAGAUUCCUUGAGAUCAGCGAAGCAGAACUUGGCAGAAGUAGAGUGUGAUCGUGAUAGACUUAAGUCACUGUGUGCUGAAAAGGAUGCAGCCUUUCAAGUUGUGUUGUCAGAAAAGAGGAGCAUGGAAACCAGGUUGGCCAGCCUCAGUAAUCUCACACUAGAGAAAAAUGCCAAAAAUGAUUUAGUUGGAGCUAAUAACCAGGUGUUGCAUAAGCUCCAGGAUGAAUUGAAACUGCGGAAUGAGGAACUGCGUGCAGCAGAAGAAAGGAUGCAAAGAUUGGGUAAUGAAAAUUUUUUACUUGAACAGAAGAUCUCUAGGUUUGCAAGGAAAGUUGAAGAGAUGGAAGUUGUUGAGAAAAACAUUGAGCAGGAACGCCAAUCCUUAAAGCUUCGAGUGAUUGAACUUGAACGGAAGCUGGAAAUGGUCACACGAGAUUUGGCCACUUCCAAAUCAACUCUUGCAAUUGUGAAUGCAGAUUUAGCUUCAUUGCAGAACAAUUUGAAGGAAUUGGAGGAUUUGAGAGAAAUGAAAGAGGACAUUGACAGAAAGAAUGAGCAGACUGCUGCCAUUUUGAAGAUGCAAGCAUCUCAACUUGCUGAGCUAGAAGUGCUUUAUAAGGAAGAACAAGUUUUGCGGAAACGUUAUUUUAAUACCAUAGAAGAUAUGAAAGGCAAGAUCAGGGUUUUCUGUCGGUUAAGGCCUCUAAGUGAGAAAGAGAUUUCUGAAAAGGAUAGAGGCCUGCUUACAAGCACAGAUGAAUUUACAGUUGAACAUCCAUGGAAAGAUGAUAAAGCAAAACAGCAUGUAUAUGAUCGAGUGUUUGAUGGAAAUGCUACCCAGGAAGAUGUUUUUGAGGAUACACGAUAUUUAGUUCAGUCUGCUGUGGAUGGUUACAAUGUUUGCAUAUUUGCCUACGGCCAAACUGGUUCUGGGAAGACAUUUACUGUUUAUGGCUCUGAAGGCAAUCCUGGACUGACACCACGUGCCACUUCAGAACUUUUUAAAGUUUUAAGACGAGAUAGCAACAAAUUCUCAUUUUCAUUAAAGGCAUAUAUGGUGGAGUUGUAUCAAGAUACGCUUGUGGACCUUCUAUUACCAAAAAAUAUGAAGCGCCUAAAAUUGGAUAUUAAAAAAGAUUCAAAGGGUAUGGUUUCUGUUGAAAAUGUGACAGUUGUAUCCAUUACUACAUUUGAAGAAUUGAAAAACAUUAUUCAGAGAGGAUCUGAUCGGCGGCAUACAUCUGGGACUCAAAUGAAUGAAGAAAGUUCAAGGUCUCAUUUGAUUCUUUCAAUUGUUAUUGAAAGUACUAACCUUCAAACUCAGUCAGUAGCAAGGGGAAAGUUAAGUUUUGUGGACCUUGCCGGUUCAGAAAGAAUAAAGAAGUCAGGCUCUUCAGGUAGUCAACUUAAGGAAGCUCAAAGCAUCAACAAGUCACUUUCAGCCCUCGGGGAUGUCAUUAGCGCGUUAUCUUCUGGUGGUCAACACAUACCUUAUAGGAACCACAAGUUAACAAUGUUAAUGAGUGAUUCCCUGGGUGGUAAUGCAAAGACACUUAUGUUCGUGAAUGUAUCUCCGGCCGAAUCAAAUUUAGACGAGUCUUACAAUUCUCUAAUGUAUGCAUCAAGAGUUCGAUCAAUUGUUAAUGAUCCAAGCAAAAAUGUAUCGUCAAAAGAGGUUGCUCGGCUGAAAAAACUGGUUGCACAUUGGAAAGAACAGGCGGGUAAGAGAGGGGAUGAUGAUGAUCUCGAAGAUAUUCAAGAACAAAGACCAGUGAGAGAGAAGACAGAUGGUCGUCAUUCGAUGUAGAGUAUCUUGUUCGAUGAGGUGAAAUCUCACUUCCGAGUCCGUUGGUUUUCAAGAUUUUUUCGUUGGUUUUCUGGUAACUUUAACCACACGGAUAUGACUGGGGAUUAACUAACUAAAUUAUGGAUGGGUUCUGACGAUCUCUAACUAAUACCAUACUGAGGCUGAAGAGGUUGUAAUUGGCUUAAAGGAUUUGAUUUGUAUAGUCUGAAUUGUUUGUAUAUAAUAAUACUCGCUCCUUUUAUGUUGAUUAUACUUACAAAUAUGAGUUGGUAGUUUAGCUCAGUAAUCCAAAUGUCUUCUUCUGUUCA